CGUAACUCUUUUAAGAUUAUUACAAAUGCCAUUCUCCUUUUUAAGUUUUAAGUUUUUUUAACAAACUCACGAUUUCUGAUUUGCGUAGAGACGUAGAGUUCAAUUAACGUGCAAUCAGAAUCAGAAAUCACUUGCCUCUUCCAAACACGGUCUUAAAACAAAAACAGAACAACACUCACUGCAUGCGAAGAGUGAUUCGAGUGAGAUGGGGUGCUCCUUCUCUGGUCUGAACGCCUUAUACGACGCCGUUAGCGGCGGAGCCGACGUUUGGAUCAACGAGAAUCGCUUCCGCGUCGUCCGGCAGCUCGGCGAAGGUGGAUUCGCCUACGUUUACUUGGUCAAAGAAGUUCCCGCUGACUCUUCUUCUCUCACUGGCCUCGCCAACAAGCUCAAGAAUCCCUCUCUUCUCUCCGAUGAUGGAACUUAUGCAAUGAAAAAGGUUCUUAUUCAGAAUAGUGAGCAAUUGGCAUUGGUGAAGGAAGAGAUCCGUGUUUCUUCUCUUUUCAGUCAUCCGAAUCUGCUUCCACUUCUUGACCAUGCAGUCAUUUCAGUAAAGCCUACUCAAGAGACAUCUUGGACCCAUGAAGCUUACUUGCUAUUUCCUGUUCAUUUGGAUGGAACAUUGUUUGACAAUGCUAAUACAAUGAAAGCCAAGAAGGAGUUCUAUUCUACCACAGAUGUUCUUCAAAUAUUUAGUCAGCUUUGUGCAGGACUCAAGCAUAUGCAUGGUUUAGAUCCUCCAUAUGCACAUAAUGAUGUUAAACCAGGCAAUGUUCUCAUAACACAUAGAAAAGGCCAACCUCCACUUGCCAUACUGAUGGAUUUUGGCAGUGCUCGACCUGCCAGGAAGCAAAUUCGCUCCCGAUCAGAGGCUUUGCAGUUGCAGGAGUGGGCGGCUGAACACUGCUCUGCCCCUUACCGAGCUCCUGAGCUGUGGGAUUGCCCAAGCCAAGCUGAUAUUGACGAGAGGACUGAUAUUUGGUCACUUGGAUGCACACUGUAUGCGAUUAUGUAUGGGGUAUCUCCAUUUGAAUAUGCACUUGGUGAGUCCGGCGGGAGCCUGCAACUGGCUGUUGUAAAUGCUCAGGUGAAAUGGCCAGCUGGACCUAAGCCUCCGUAUCCAGAGGCGCUGCAUCAGUUUGUGACUUGGAUGCUUCAGCCUCAGGCCACCGUUCGUCCGCGAAUAGAUGAUAUCAUUAUCCAUGUUGACAAGUUGAUCUCGAAGUUCUCUCCUUGAAGUUACACUACGGUUAGGCAUGCUCAUUUACAGUGAAGAUUUAGAAAGAAAACUUCUGGUGCUGCCAUUACUGUCCACUUAUAGAUACAUAUAUCUGAUGAAAGAAGCAGUAGCACACAUUCUCUCUAAAGUACAUAACAUCCCCUUGUGUAAAUGACCAUUUUCCCCGUGUGAUCCUCAGAAUUUAUGCACACUAAUUUCUUUAUAUGGCACUGAGGUUUGAGCACAGGAUUUAAACAAUCAUGCUACGUGUACACCAAAAUCAGCUAUCAAAAUGAGCCACUAGUAUAAAAAUAUAUGUUAAAAUAUAAAAUACGCAUUGAAAAUAAAUUAAAUAACAUGUAUAUUUAUAUACAUAGUGGCUGAUUUUAGUAGUUGAUUUUGGUAUACAAAUAACAUUUUUUGAUUUAAAUUAUAUUACUCAAGUUCACUGUUAA